AAUGAGUCGAAGGUAAAAUAUGAAUGAUGAAAACUUGAAUUGGAUUCUCAAGUAUCCUAAUGAGUUUUCACAAGAAGAUUUUGAGUCUCAACACAUGCAUGUACUUAAGUAAGAACAAUUUGGGUAAUUAAAAGAAUCAGAUGAAAUUUUGAAUGGAUAACUUUACACAUUUUGGAAUGGAACAUUGGAAUGUAGUAAAUUUAUAUUAAUGCCAAAUUUACUAAUCAAGGUAACCAUCUAAAAUGGGUUGUUACAAAUACCACAAUCUCAAUUUAAUCAAAGUGGAGCUACCUAUUAUUUAUCGCUAUCAGAGUGUACGAUCACUUAGAAAAUGAUCCAACAUAGAUCACAAUAAGCCUUUGGCAUGCUCUUAACCAAUUCUAUAGGCACUACAUACUUAUUCUUCUCCAACUUCGUAACUUUUAGAACCUGGUACAAAUAAAUGAAACAAUUUUGUAAACUCACAGGCUUUCUUGAUAAAUAUAAAUUGGGUGACAAAUUGUUGCCUGGAUUUUACACAUGCACAAAGAAAACCAAGAAAACCCAAUACACAGUCCAGAUUUACAAAAGUGAUGAUUUCGAACAAUGCUAAGAAUUAGAAGAUGCUGUUUACAAUGAAAUAUAGAUACUGAGAAGUAUCAAACAUCAAUCCUUGUUGGAAUUAAAGAGAGUAUAUGAGAAUAAUAAGUAUCUUUUUAUUGUCUAUGAAUACUACAAAGGAGAGACCCUCUUCAAUCUGCUAAAUUCCAAUCUCUAAUUACAUGAAGUAUAAAUUGCGUCUGUAAUUAUUUGAAUACUAAUGCUAGAUUAUUUAUUAAAUCCUCUAAGUCGUCAAAUUUCUCAAUUAGCAUCAAUUUUAUCAUGGUAGCAUCAACCCUCAGAAUGUCUUGAUCAACACGCAACAUCAAAUGCUAUAAAUCACACUCAUAAAUCUCUCCUUCAAAGAAUACAAAGUCAAUGACAAACUAGAUUGGAUUUUGAAUAGAGCAGUCGAGUCUUUCUUAGCUCCCGAGAUCUUUGAAGGCAUUGCACCCAACAUAUCAACUGAUAUCUAUGCAUUGGGCUGUGUAUUGUAUUUUAUGACCUAUUAUGACUCAAAAAAAUAUGAAGUACUUCAAAACAAUAUGUUUUUUAGAUCAAGAACGAAGAUAAAGAUUUUUAUAAUGUUAUGGACAAUUUUGAAAUUCAAAAAAAUAGAAUUGAUGAAAGUGAACAACAAUUAAAAGUGGGUUUCUAAUAAAAUCAAUAGAAAAGCAAAGUCAGUUCGUCUUAAUUGGAUCUUCUGAGAAAAAUGCUAGAAACUGAUGCAAGUAAGUGUUUUAUAAUAUGAGAUAAAAGAUUGACAAUAAAAGAAGCUACUAAACAUCAUUGGUUUGUGAAUGUGAAAAGUAAAAUUAAAUCUUUGAAAGUUGAAAGGAAAAGAAAAAAACCACUCCCAAGUUUAAGAACCAUUAUUGAAUUAAGAGAAAUGAGUGAAAUGGAUGUGAGAAUGACAAUUAUUUAACAACAAUAAAGUGGAUUAAAUGCUUUAAAUCAUAUGAAUUCUAAAUUAUAAUCAACUCCCUCCAACACUAAACGAACUUUAAUUUACACUCAACAACCCUCUAAACUCAGUCAAUACGUGGCCAAGAAUGAAUUUGAUGAUGAUUAUGAAAGUAAGUAUCCUAUUGUUAACUUUCAGUCCCUGAUGAAGAACUGUAUUUGGAAGUCCCUGUGAUUAGACGCAAAAGGGAACCCAAAAAAAGACCGUCCAACAUCAAAUUGCUCUGA